AUGGCUACCCCUAGUGUCCUAGCUUUUGACGCUGAGGGUCGUGCCAUUGACUUUGAGGUCUGGCUCGACGACCUGCAGCUGUUCUUACAGUGCGAUAGGGCAGACGGUCUUUCUCUCUUUGACCUCACCUCUGGCGCCGUCCUUGCCCCUGCUGCUGAUGCUGACGCCACUGUUCGCUCACAGUUGGCCACGCGCAAUGCUGCUGCACGUCUUGCUGUGCGUCGCCACCUGCCUACCGCUAAGCGCGCGCACUUUAGCCAGUACAAGAGUGCCCAGACCUUGUACGACGCUGUAGUUGCGCGCUACUCCUCCCCUGCCACUGCUGCACUGAGCCGCCUCAUGCUCCCCUUCCUCUUCCCUGACCUUGCCGCCUUUCCCACUGUCGCUGACCUCAUUACGCACCUCCGCACUAGUGACACUCGCUACCGCGCUGCGCUUCCUGCUGACUUCUGCGCCAAGAACCCCCCCCCCCCCCCCAUGUACAUCACUCUCUACUUUUUAGUCACUCGCCUCCCUGACUCCCUUCGUGUAGUCUGGGACCACUUCCUCGCGGGGUGUUCUCCUUCCCCUCUCCUGCCCUCUGUCGCCUCUGCCGCCGCGGCCGACCUCGUUGGUCUUGAGUCGGUCGAUGCGGCGUCUGCCCCUAGCGGGAGACGCCGCUCUGGCAAGGGCAAGGGGGGCAAGGGAGCGGGUGGGGCCAGCGGGGGCGGUGGAGGUGGCGGUGGAGGCGGCGGAGGGAGUGGGGGUGGCGGUGGAGGUGGUGGCGGGGUGGGGGUACUAGUGGCGGCAGUGGGGGCGGGGGUGGCGGCGGCGCUGGCGGUGGGAGCGGAGGUGGCGGAGGCGGCGGCGGUGGAGGCGGAGGCGGGGGUGGCGGUGGCGGAGGCGGUGGCGGUGGUGGAGGUGGUCGGAGUGGCGCUUUGCAGCGGAGCAGCACUGGGGGUGGUCAGCGCCAGCAGCAGCAGCAGCAGCGUUCUCGCAACCUCCCGACGCCUCAGCAGCUCCGUGAGUGGUACACCCAGCGUCAGCGUGGUGGGGGUUUUGGUCCCUGCACCUACGUCCUUCGCACUGGCGACCGUGCUGGAGAGCAGUGUGGGGUCUAGGGCUGGUGUAGCUAUCUUUGAUCUUGACUUUGAUGCUAUCCUUGCUGCCAUGUAUGCUGUGACCAUUAGUGAUGAGGGUGACUGUUACCGGUGUUUCUCGCCUGACCCGAGCAUUGGUACUUCUGCUCUAGGUGUCAGUGAGGCUUCUGCUCUAGGUGCCUGUGCGUCUGUGCUCUCAGGUACUGGUGAGGCUGCUCUCUCAGGUACCAUUGAGUCUGCGCCCUCAGGUACUGCGUCGGCCUCGGCCUCCAACACCUUCACUCUUGACUCUGGAGCGUCUCGCUCCUUCUUUCGGGACCGCACCACACUCACGCCGCUUAGUCGGCCGGUUGCGGUGUCCCUGGCUGACCCCUCUGGGGGUCUUGUCCUGUCUCGCUUCUCCACCGUCCUCCCGUGUCCGGCGGCUCCCUCUGGCACCCUGUCUGGUCUCUACCUCCCCUCGUUCUCUACGAACUUGGUGAGUGGUGCUGACCUACAGGAUGCGGGAGUCCACCAGUUCACCCGUGCUCAUCAGCGGGUGACGCACUGCACAGAGGCUAGCACAGGUCGUCACCUGGCUACGUUUACACGUCAGCCAGGGUCGAGCCUGUACACACUGACCACUGCUUCUCCUCCAGUUUCUGAGUCUGGUAGGGUCCCUUCGUCAGGUCAGGUGUUUGCUGCAGCGUCCAGGUCUGGUCCUGAGUCUGCCCCCUGUUCGUGUCGUCGUCUGUCUCACGAGACUCUCCUCUGGCACAACCGCCUGGGUCACCCCUCUCUGCUUUGGCUCAGAGGCAUGGCCUCCCGUCUUCUUGUGUCUGGUCUUCCCCGGUCCCUCCCUCCCCUUCCACAGGGCCCUGGCCCUACCUGUGUCCCCUGUGUCGAGGGGCGCCAGCGUGCUGCCCCUCACUCCUCCCAGAUUCCUCCGGCAGAGGCUCCGUUGCAGACGCUUCACAUGGACGUGUGGGGCCCUGCCCGCGUCCGUGGUCUCGGUCACGAGUGCUACUUCCUGCUGGUGGUUGACGACUACUCGCGUUACACCACAGACUUCCCCUUGCGCAGCAAAGGUGAUGUCACUGAGGUGCUGAUCGACUGGAUCCGCGCAGCUCGUCUCCAGCUCAGGCAGAGCUUUGGCUCGGACUUUCCUGUGCUGCGUCUGCACUCAGACAGAGGCGGAGAGUUCUCCUCUGGCCUUCUGCGUGCCUACUGUCGUGCGCGAGGCAUCCGUCAGACCUUCACGCUUCCGGACUCACCGCAGCAAAAUGGGAUUGCAGAGCGCCGCAUUGGCAUGGUCAUGGACGUCGCUCGUACGUCUAUGAUGCGUGCGGCUGCCCCCCAUUUUCUGUGGCCGUUUGCGGUCAGGUACGCGGCGCAUCAGAUCAACCUCCACCCCAGGGUCUCCAGGCCGGAGACCUCCCCAGCUCUGCUGUGGACGUGGAAGGUUGGCGAUGCGUCGGCGUUCCGUGUCUGGGGAUCUCGGGCGUUUGUCCGCGACUUGUCUGCGGACAAGCUGUCUACUCGCGCUGCUCCCUGCGUCUUCUUGGGGUUCCCCCCCGACGCCCCUGGGUGGCAGUUCUACCACCCCACCUCUCGCCGUGUAUACGCGGUCAAGCCUGUCGAAGUCACUGGUGACUCUGGUGCUGAGCCUAGGGGUGUUGUGACUGGGGGUGCUGUGCCUGGGGGUGCUGAGCCUGGGGGUGCGGAGCUUGGGGGUGCGGAGUCUGAGAGUGCUGAGCCUGGGGAGGCUGAGCCUGGGGGUGCUGGGCCUGGGGGUGCUGAGCCUUGGGGUGCUGAGCCUGAAGGUGCUGAGCCUGGGGGUGCUGAGACUGGAGGUGCUGCACCUGGGGGUGCUGAGCCUGUGAGUGCUGAGACUGGAGGCGUGCUGCUGGUGCUGGAGGCUCUUCGGCUGCUGAGGGUGCUGCUGCCGCGCGUCCUGGAUGUGCUCUUAUUGGGAGUAUUGGAGCUGCUGGGCCUGCGGGUUCUCCUGGAGCUGGUGCUGCUGAGAGUGUUGGCGCUGAGACUACCGCUGGCGGUCCAACUGGCAGUGCUCCAAGUGCUGCUGGAGGUUCUGGGGCUGCUGGAGGUGCUGCUCGGGGUUCUGGAGCUACUGGAGGUGCUGCUGGAGCGGGUACUCCUGCUCAGGUUACUGCUGCUGUCCUUGCUAUUUUAG